GAAGCAGGGCUACGGAUUGUGCAGGACAACUAGCGCGAAGCGCGCUCCGAAGAGGUUAGAAGCGCACGGAAAGCAGUAAACGCGGCCGGAGAAGUGUGUGCAGGCUGGUGUACAGGCGAACGGCUACUGCAGUCAAUGUGAGGGUAACAUACGCCAACCUAUCUUGGCCACCAGAAGUUUGUCAUCUAGAUGUGCAACAUUUCGUGAUCUACUCUCCUUGUGUGUCAAGAUGAGACAGAAGUUUUCACGCUUACAACAUCACUGGUGGAUUUUAGGUGCAGUCCAAAAUGGUGCAGCGAAUGCUGGAUCUUUAUGGAAAAGGCAAAUACCCUUUCGAGGAGGAAUCAUCAUCUGGGCCUUCAACCACCAUUGAAGAUUCAGUCAAGAAAAUCCGAAACAAACAGACGAAUUCUUCACCUGAGGGGCAGGAAGAUUUCGACAUUUUGGAAGAGGAAGUAGAAGAUUCAAUGGCUGACAGUACAGAGAGAGAAGGUAAUUCCGACUCUGAAUUUGCCGACGAUGAAGAUGGAAAUACAGACGGUGAUCAGGAGACUGAAGAGUCAGUGAAUGUAAAAAAAGAGGCAGUCCCAGUUAAAGCUGAGGCCGAUGGGGAUGGUGUGGGCCAGGCAGGCUACCCCACGGAAAGAAAACCAAACAUAAAACAGGAACAAGUCCCAGUUAAAGCUGAGGCCGAUGGGGAUGGUGUGGGCCAGGCAGGCUACCCCACGGAAAGAAAACCAAACAUAAAACAGGAACAAGGAUUAAUCCCAGAGGUCAAUCCAUACAAUGCUGAUGAAUGCAGCAAUGUAGUUAUUAAAGAGGAGAUAGAUCUCGGGGAAGAUUACCUCGAAAAGGAGCCUGGUUCUCAGGGUCCUGCCAUCAAGGAUGAGGAUAGUAGCAUGGAAUCCCAACCUGAAAACGGACCAAACGAUGGACGAGGAAUUGAAGGAGGAGCCAAUUGUGAGAACGACAACAACACGAAUUGGAUACCCAUGCAAGAGAUCACAGUAAUGGCACACCGCGCCAACGGCCCUGAAGUAGUAGGGGCUCUCAUUGUACCACAAGGACCUGCUGCAGGAAGUCGCUGGCACAAACUUUGUGACUGUGAGGGACGUGAGCUGUGCGUUCAUCACUUCUUAAAAUACAGAAAGAGGAAGUGGGUUGCAGUCGACGUUGUAGAAACAGACAGUACUGCCAACCCCGGCCCUGCUCCACAGAGGAACAGAGGUCCGGCCCCACAGACUCAGGGAGGUCCAGUACAUCCACCUCAGCCUACAAACGCUGAACCUGGGCCAAGUGGUACUGCCAACCGUGGCCCUGUUCCAAACACCACCAGGGAUGAGGCACCAAAGAUUUCAGAAGUAGAAGUCCAUCUAACUCAACAGACAAAAAUCAACCCUGGACCAAGCUGUAAUACAAAUGAUGGGCCAGUUAUGCAAAGAGUCAGAGUUGAAGAUCCACAGAUUUCUGUCCGACUGACUCAAACAUUGCGUGUGGGACAUGGACCAAAUGGUAAUACAAUUCCUGUUCCAGUUCCUCCUAACGCUGGAGCUGAGGCCCCGCAGAUUUAUGUCCGUGUAACUCAACGUAUUCGUAUGGAACCUGGUGGUCGCGGUCCACAGGGCCCUGGAGGACAGGCCCCACAGAAUGCAGAAGCAGAAGCACAUGCCGCUCAGCCCACAGAUAAUGCUGCUCGUGCAACACGUGCUGCCAACCGUACACGUCGUUUAUGUCCCAGCUGUCAUUUCCCUCUUCCAGAAUAUGGAAAGCCAGGAAACCAGAAGAAGGACAACUGAGGACACUCGUUGAAAAUUGAAGAGGAGAAUAAUUCUACAUUUUUUCCAUAAGAGGGAGUGACUGAUCAGACCAACUGUAUGAGUUUAUGAAGUCAGAAGCGGAGACUGAUAAUUUAAUUGUGAAAGAUGUGAAACAAACGGAUUCCUGAAGAACUACACACAAACGUGUUCAUUUAGGAUAUAGACGAACAUAAGCAUAGCGAUAUACUCCUAAACGUCCUUUUUAAAUAUUGGUAGAAGUAGGGCCCAAGAAAAGUAAUAAUUGACAUUUGUAGUAUAAGUAUUUCUUUGUACUGAUUUAGUAUUUAUCUGUAUUGUAUGGAAAUAUAUUAAGUUACUGUCCUGUUGUGCAGGCACUUAUAAUAAGACUGAUUGUAGAAGUGUAAGAAAUUACUUUGUUUAUUUAAAUAAAGAAAAAA